CUGCGCCCCGCCCCCUCCGCAGAGCCUUUUUCUUGGCUGCUUCACGCGCGUGGAAGGCAGUGAGCUCCUCGUGUCUCGAGUCGUUUUUGGUUUUGCAGAGCGAUAAAUCAACCAGCCCUUACAAUGUCUUCCGGAAACGCCAAGAUCGGACAUCCAGCUCCCCAAUUCAAGACUACGGCGGUAGUGGAUGGCCAGUUUAAAGAUGUACUUCUUUCUGACUACAGAGGGAAGUACUUGGUGAUGUUCUUCUAUCCUCUGGACUUCACCUUCGUGUGCCCCACUGAGAUCAUCGCCUUCAGUGAGGGUGCUUCCAAGUUUCGCAAGAUCGGCUGUGAGGUCAUUGCUGUCUCCACGGACUCUCACUUCAGCCACUUGGCCUGGAUCAACACCCCGAGGAAGCAAGGUGGCCUGGGCUCCAUGAACAUUCCGCUGCUGGCCGACCUGACCCAUUCCAUCUCCCGCGACUACGGUGUGCUGAAGGAGGAUGAGGGCAUCGCUUACAGAGGACUGUUUGUGAUCGACGAUAAGGGCAUUCUGAGGCAGAUCACCAUCAACGAUCUGCCCGUGGGCCGCUCCGUGGACGAGACCCUGCGCCUGGUCCAGGCCUUCCAGCACACUGACAAGCAUGGGGAAGUCUGCCCUGCUGGAUGGAAGCCUGGAAGUGACACUAUUAUUCCUGAUGUUGAGAAGAGCAAGGCGUUUUUCUCCAAGCAGUAAGGCGUUCACCGCGUGUGCCCCAUAGACUACGGUCCAGGAGGAAUGAAGCACUUGCAGGUGGUCUGAGUUCUCGUUAGACUGCCCUGGCCUUUUUUCCCACUUGUGUGAAGAUUUCCAUCUUCAGUUCAUCUGACUAUGCUAUUUGAUAAGCUGAGGGUCCCAUGCACUGAAAUUUCUGUAGUCUUUCACCUGCUUUUCUGUUGAAAACGUUCAUGUAUUUUGUACCUGUUCACAAUUGAUGUCUAACAGCUGAUGGUGUUUAAAAUUUUUGGAAAUUGUGAAAUAAAGAUGGUGUUGAUUUAAAAAAAAACAAACAAAUCAAAAACAAAACCAA